UGCAUUUUUAAAACAUUUUAUGAUAAACACCAUUGUAGAAGAAGGAUAAUUUCUGCGAUAUCACAUAUAUGCCAUAUUCAUCACUCUAAAACACCAGAGGAUAAUAAUAGUAAGAAUAUUUGCCAUGGAUGAUACGAAAGAUGACAAGAAGGAUCUACGUGAUAUUAUACAAGACCGGUGUGCAAGUGAUGCCUCUGAAUUGAUGUUAACUGGAACUGCAAAAUGUCAUGAUACUGAAACUCCUGAGUUAUCUGUUCAUGAAACUAGUGAGCAACAUCUUUCUACAAGUGAAACCCCAGAAUUAACUGUACAUAGGACAAGUGAAUCACCUCCAUUGUCAGUUGAUAGAAUUUUUCAGUCGAGAGGUCAUAUCAUGCAUACUGAAGAUCUUGUUCAAUGUUCUACUGCUGUGAUAUUUAGUGAUAAUAAUGUCAUUCAUUCAUCACCAUCAUCACAAUCAAACACUCUUGUUUUGACAUCUGUUUUUAACAACACACCUAUUCUGGCAGUAGGUGAUCCAUCUAAAACAGAUGUCUCAAUUAUCACCAAGGUGAACCCUUCAGAUUUGUUGCUUCCUAAGUCCAACAAUGAUCAUGAUGAUGAUCUUGCAAACAAUGGACCAGUUCUUGUUAGUUCACAGAGUCAAACCACAUUAUUAAUUCCAAGUUAUUAUCAUGAAAAUGAUCAUUUGAUUCAAGUAUCUCCUAACAGUGAACCAUUGUACCAAAAUAGCUCCAGUUCCACUUUAUAUGGCCAUCUUGCUCAAGUUCAUACAUGUCAAUGGCAGGUUUGUGAAGAACAGUUUCUUACUGUGGAAGAACUGGUUGACCAUAUAAACAAUACCCAUGUACUAACAAGUAAAGAAUCUUGUGAAUAUUCAUGUCAAUGGAAGAACUGUGUAAGACAGGGCAAGGGAUUUAAUGCAAGAUAUAAACUAUUAAUACAUUUAAGAACACACACUGGUGAACGACCACAUGCAUGUCACUUUGAACAAUGUGAUAAAAGAUUUUCACGCCUGGAAAACUUGAAGAUACAUUGCAGAACACACACUGGAGAAAAGCCUUAUGUUUGCCCUUUUGAAGGUUGUGAGAAACGUUAUUCAAACUCAAGUGAUAGAUUUAAACAUACUCGCACACAUAUUGAGAGCAAACCAUAUCGCUGUAAGGUUGAUGGGUGUUUUAAACAAUAUACAGAUCCUAGUUCCUUAAGAAAACAUCUUAAAGCUCAUAAAUUGUAAACACUUCAUGUAAGACUUUAAGCAAACUAUUUAGGGAGAUCAUUUUUCAUAUAUUACGUCUUUUUAAUGUUAUUUACAUCUAUACGGUAUUUAUCAUAUUUUUUAAGAUGUUUUGUAAAUAAGUAUUAUGUAAAUUUGAUGAUUUCAAUACGCCACAGGCCUCAGAAAAUAUAUAACUUUGAACUGGCUUUCUCACUUCCAAACUCCAUGCCAGCAUAGUAAAAUAAACCGGGCCUAAAUUAACUAUUUCUUUUAGACUUAAAAGUAGGACUACCAUUACCUUCCGU